AUCUGCCGAGUUGUUCAUGUUCCUUGAAGAAAGGAAUGUUUGAUGGGUCCGUUUCCUGCAUCUUUCUCUUCCAGUUCACACCCAAAUUGAAAAGAAUGGGAUUAAAGACAUGAUUCUGAAGUUCGGGGAGGCCUAAACACCAGUGAUUUUGAGCUUCAUCCAAUCGAAAUCAAAAGCCAUCCACCCAUAAUUUCUUUUCUUUAUUUUUCAAUCAAUCGCACUACUGAUCAUAAAAAUAAGAGAGACCUAGAAAAGUCAGAAUUCAAAGUUCGAUAAAUUAGAGUUAAAUCACAAUCACCAACAAAAACAGUGUAUAUUUUCUUUCCUGUUCUCUCGAGGAAAAACUGCCUGAGAUAAAUUAAAUAAAAGUCAGCAAGCACAUUGUCGAGUCACGAGGCAGGCUAAGCUUUACCAGUUCAAAAGUCGGGCACCACACGGUCCAGUCCACCUCUACCUUUUAUCUUCUCUCCCCAUCUUUCUCACUCGUCCCUGAAAAGUGUAGACUCUAAUAGUAAAACAACCCACACGCCAACCAGAAGAAAUGUGAAAACGAGAACGCUCUACGCCAACUAACACGUCCGCCCUCUUUUUUUAGCCCCUCUUCCUCCUCUUCAACAACCGCUACUGGGCUGCUUACUUAGCCCUCUCCUUUCUAUCUCCUUUUCGCUCUAGCUUAAUUGGAUCCUUUCAGGUUGCUACUGAAAAAAAUGACAAGCUUAGAGUCAAGCUCAGGUGGUGAUCCUAACAUCAAAGGCAUGCCUGCUCAUGGUGGACGCUAUGUACAGUAUAAUGUGUACGGUAACCUCUUUGAAGUUUCUAGAAAGUAUGUCCCUCCUAUUCGUCCUAUUGGCCGUGGCGCUAAUGGUAUUGUUUGUGCUGCUGUGAAUUCUGAGACACGUGAAGAGGUUGCCAUUAAGAAGAUUGGUAAUGCGUUUGACAACAGAAUAGAUGCCAAGAGGACUUUACGAGAGAUUAAGCUUCUUCGCCACAUGGAUCAUGAAAAUGUUAUUGCUAUCAAAGACAUCAUCCGGCCUCCCCAGAUGGAGAACUUCAAUGAUGUAUACAUUGUUUAUGAAUUAAUGGACACGGAUCUACAUCAAAUAAUACGCUCCAACCAACUAUUGACAGAUGAUCAUUGUCGGUACUUUCUUUAUCAAUUGCUAAGAGGGCUUAAAUAUGUACAUUCGGCAAAUGUCUUGCAUCGUGAUCUCAAACCCGGUAAUUUGUUCUUGAAUGCUAAUUGUGACCUUAAGAUUGGAGACUUUGGACUUGCAAGGACAACAUCUGAAACGGAUUUCAUGACCGAGUAUGUGGUCACUCGAUGGUACCGGGCACCAGAAUUACUCCUUAACUGCUCUGAGUAUACUGCAGCAAUUGAUAUAUGGUCAGUGGGUUGCAUACUUGGCGAAAUCAUGAGUCGGCAACCUUUAUUUCCUGGAAAAGACUAUGUUCAUCAACUGAGGCUUAUUACAGAGCUCAUAGGUUCACCUGAUGACUUCAGUCUUGGUUUCCUACGAAGCGAGAAUGCUCGAAGAUAUGUUAGGCAGCUUCCGCAAUACCCCAGGCAAAAUUUUGCUGCUAGAUUUCCUAACAUGGCUGCUGGUGCUGUCGAAUUGUUGGAGAAAAUGCUGGGCUUUGAUCCAAAUAGGCGUAUUACAGUCGAUGAGGCACUGUGCCAUCCAUACUUGGAACCUCUUCAUGGCAUCAAUGAGGAGCCUGUUUGCCCAAAGCCUUUCAGCUUUGAUUUUGAGCAGCCAUCUUUUACUGAAGAAAACAUCAAGGAACUCGUCUGGAGGGAAUCUGUAAACUUCAAUCCAGAUUCGUGAGAAUUAUCUGAUCAACUUGUGGUGUGCAGUUGGGAAGGCAUCCCAUGAUUAUGAUGUACAAUAUUAUUACAUAAAAUCCAUCAGGUUCUCUGAGAGAAGAAGAGAUAAGAAACAUAUUGUUUAUAUUGGAUUUGCUUACAAUUUUCUGUAGAGCUCUAUGAACUGAUAUCUCAGAUUUGUUACGACAUCAGAAAGUGUAAGACAGGACAAGCAGCAUGAUUCUCAAGUUUUCCGAGCAGAAUCCUUGUGAAGGUUCCAUCUUUAGUUUGUGUAGGUGCCAUGUGAGGAGUGCUCUAGUAAAAGUCUAUCAGUCGUGGAGUCUGAAUCCUGCAUGGUUGUGAGGACGCUCAAUGGUCCCUGUUUUUCCUUAGUUUCUGAAAGUUGAUUUUAAAUGUGAAGAAUUGCUAUGACUUGCUAGGGUAUAUCAUGUUUCUCAUCUUUCAUCUUUGACCUGGGAGGGAUGAAAUCUGUAAAUAGUACUUCUGGUACUGUUGUGCGAGUUGUUGUGAAAUGAUUAUGCUGUAUGGUAAUUUGGAUUUACUUCA